CCAUGUUGGACCCAAACUGAGGAGCCCGGAGCUGCCACCGGGGGAUCGGGGCUGGGGGGACCGGGGGAGCCGCCGCCUGGGCCGCCCGCCCUCUGUGCAGGCCGCCUCCCUUCCCGCCCGGGGAGGAAACGCGAGGGGGGGGAUGUGAACAGCUGCGGGAGUCGGAGUCUCGGGAGCCGGAGCCCGACGGGCCCCCGCCCAGGCCCCCCAGCCCAGCCCGCCUGCGCGCCCGCCCGCGCGUCCUCCCGCCCAGCCAGCCCGGGCCCGCGGGAUUGUUAGAUGGAACACGGCUCCAUCAUCACCCAGGCGAGGAGGGAAGACGCCCUGGUGCUCACCAAGCAAGGCCUAGUCUCCAAGUCUUCGCCUAAGAAGCCCCGAGGCCGCAGCAUCUUCAAGGCCCUCCUGUGCUGUUUCCACACACAGCAUGUCAGCCAGUCAAGCUCUUCCACUGAGCUCACACACAAGGAGGAGGCCAACACCAUCGCCAAGUCGGAUCUGCUCCAGUGUCUCCAGUACCAGUUUUAUCAGAUCCCUGGGACCUGCCUGCUCCCAGAGGUGACAGAGCAAGAUCAAGGAAGGAUCUGCGUGGUCAUUGACCUGGACGAAACCCUUGUGCAUAGUUCCUUUAAGCCGAUCAACAAUGCUGACUUCAUAGUGCCUGUAGAGAUUGAGGGGACCACGCACCAGGUAUAUGUGCUCAAGAGGCCUUACGUUGAUGAGUUCCUGAGGCGAAUGGGGGAGCUCUUUGAAUGUGUUCUCUUCACUGCCAGCUUGGCCAAGUAUGCUGACCCUGUGACAGAUCUGCUGGACCGGUGUGGGGUGUUCCGGGCCCGUCUGUUCCGGGAGUCUUGUGUGUUCCACCAGGGCUGCUAUGUCAAGGACCUUAGCCGCCUGGGAAGGGACCUGAGGAAAACUGUCAUCCUGGACAACUCCCCUGCGUCAUACAUCUUCCACCCAGAAAACGCAGUGCCUGUGCAGUCCUGGUUUGAUGACAUGGCAGAUACAGAGUUGCUGAACCUGAUUCCAGUGUUCGAGGAGCUGAGUGGAGCGGAUGAUGUCUACACCAGCCUUGGGCAGCUGCGGGCCCCUUAGCCUUCCUGCUCCAAGAAAUGGCCACCCCAACAGGGGAUUUGCUACACUGUGCCUUUGUGAUCAACCUGACUGUCAGGGUCUGCAAGUACCCAGGGCAUGCUAGACAAGAGCUGUAUGGCAGGUCACAUGCAGAGCAGGAAAUCAGACUGAGACCCAGAGCUCUCUGAACCCUGUGUCUCCCAAGUGUGCGUGUGGGUGGGUGUGUGUGUGUGCGCAUGCAUGUGCAUGUGCCCGUCCAGUAAACUAUGGUCCACGGUGCCCAGUGGCCAGUAGGGGGCGAAACUGAAAGAUCAAGACUCGACCCAAGUCUCUUGUCUCUUUUCCUGCUGCCCUGGGAGCUGCUAAGUGUCACAGCCAGGCAACUGUUGUAGACUCCCCUGCCAAACCAUGGCCUUUCCUCAACAUCACCAGGCCUGUGCCAAGGAGAAGGGAGAGGCCAGAGGCUGCUUUCAGAUGCCCAGCCACACACCUAGAAAUCUAGCCAGCAGCUGCAGACGUUUGGGAAGAUGAGGACAUGUUCACAGACCCACCAGGUCCUGUGUCCUAUGGACUGCACCUGACUCCAGCAGAAUUGCUUCUCUGUCUCCAGGCUCCAGUACCAGGCCAGCCUCCUCACUCCCAAGCCAUAGUCUUACUCCCAUGGGAAAGGAGGUCUUCUCUCUGUCCUAGGAGAGGACAGCUGAUUUCUGUUCUUUUAACUCUUAAAGUUCUCUUUAUAAACAUGGAGUGGUUUGUAUCCAGCCGAGCUGCGGUCAUGGGCCUGAGAUGCUUGUGGGACGUGCUGGGUACAGGGAAAACGCCAAUGUUCAAUGCACGAUGUCUGUCUCCUGGCUUGUAGAUCCCAAAAGUGCUCUUCAGGGAUUCUGUGCUAGCUGAUGCAAGGCCAUUAGCUCCAAAGGCUGGGGAGGGCUAGGCUGUCCUCCCCAGUGUCCUGUCCUGGCUAACUCUUGCCUGUUCUGGCCUUUAUCCUUCCUGGCUGUUUCUCUCCCUCCAGGGCCUUGGGAGAACCACUUUCCCAAGUUGUAGGUUUUGCUGUUCUUGAUUUGCCAAAUGCUUGCUCCUGCUUGUGGAGAUGGGGCUGAGCGUUCUCCAGCCCUGUGCUCAGGCAUCUCCCAGCUCUCACCCUUUAUGCUUUAAGAUUAGUGAGUCACAGCGGAAAACUAACAGGAAGUGUCGCUGUUACUGGGAACACAGGGGCCCCCACCUCAGCAUCACUGCCUUAACUGAGUCCUGCCCAGGGUUAGGUGGGAUUCUCCUCCCUCCCUCUGAGGUUGGUGGGGGUUCCUACCCCAUCUCUGCUUCCCCUGGAGGUGGGUCAGCAUUUGUGGGUUGGUUUCAGGUGUGGUCACCUCCCGCUCAGGAGUCACAAUAUUUUCUAGUUUCCAUACACGAGGUCCUGCCUCAAGUUCGAGAAAGCCUCUGUUGGAGCUGGGUAUUCUGAGUGGAAGCUGGCUGACAUCCUUCCAGCAUUAUGCAGACUUCUUCCUUGGCCCAAGGCUGAGAAGCCUUGUCUUUCACUUCUGUGACAAAGACAUGCCAUUUCCCCAGCAUCAUUUGCUGAUGUCUAUGGGGUCCUCCCAAGGUGAGGUGAGGGCUCCAGGUGCUAGCCAGGAAUGUGGGAGCUCGGCUGGCUUCAGGUCCAGGGCCUGGUCUCACUGCCAUCCUAAUACUGCAGGAGGGGGUCUUCUCACAAGGCUACUCUGAGGGCUAGUCUUAACUAAGCAAUAAGAGCCUCAGAGUUGAUUGAAGGUCCCUUUCUGACUUCUUGGUUCUCCAUGCUUACCUGUGACCAAAGCCCAGUGUGGCUUCAUGGGAGCUCCUGCAGCUUCUCCAUGAAACCCCAACUCUCUAGGCCUGUCUGCCACCACAAUCCUUCUUGCCACCUGCAGUCUGCUACAGAGAUGCUACACCAACUCCUCUUCUCAGACCUAAUCAGGAUCUACCGCAGACUGAGUCAGCUAGGUGGCGUAUCUUGCUAUCCCUGUGCUAGUUCCGUGGUUUAGAGGCAAGUGAUGCAGGGGAGAAGAGUAGGGCAAGACUGAGAGGAGCCAGCUCCUCCUCAAGUCUGUCACCCCAGUGCACACUGCUUUUCAGGAGUCAGUAGACCACUGGGCCCAGUGUCAGCAUCCACUCAAAGCCAUGCCAGGAAUCUGCCCCCUGCCAGGUUCAGCUCUUUAAGGUGCCUCUUCAGGGACACAAUGUGUGUCUGAUUGGGCUUCUAAUCAAAAGCCUGAUGUUCCUGUCCCUCUUAUAGGGGGAGCUUUGGACACAGGACCAGUUUGAUAAAGGGCCAGGUAAGGGUUUCCACUCUGCACAUUGUAGAGGGGACACCGUAGGCCCAUGGGUCCCUAAUUAAGGAAGUUGAGUGAAUUGCCUUCAUUUAACCAGGGACCUGUCUUACUCCCUCCUGCCUCCCAAAGAUUUUUGUGUAAUUGUAUAACCCCCUCUGUUAACAGUGGCUCAGAAAAGCUUUGUACUAAAAGCAUGGGACCCUCACAGCAGCCAUUCCCGGGGAAAUGGCCCUGCCCUGCCCUGUUCAGAGGCUUCUUGGCAGUGCGGCCCAUUUGUGCUGUCCUGCAUCCAGUGUAUCAGCCUAGCUAAGUGUGAGCCAUUUCCAUUUGGGGCUACUCUUCAGUUCCUUUUUUAAAAUAGCUUAGCCCUCUCCCUUACCUCUACCCCUAGACAGGGUUUCAUGAAUUCCAAGCAGGGGCCUCAACUCACAUUUAGCCAGGAAUGAUCUUGAACUGACCUCCUGAGUGCUGGGGUUACAGGUGUGAUCACCUUGCUGCUUUAGGAGGUGCUGGGAACAACCCAGGGCAUCGUGUGUGUUAAGCACACACUCCCAGCUAAGCUACAUCCCCAGUCCCUCUUUCUAGAAAACAUCAUUAGUUAAAUAUAUUCAGGGGAGAAGAGGUCACAGGUCUGGCCAGCUGCCCCAUCCUUUAGUGCAGGGUCAGCUCCCAGAACUGCUCUGCUCUGCUCUGCAAGCUGGUGAUUCUCCUUACCUGUGAUUACUCCAGAUCUGCCUAUUUCCAAGAUGCCAUUUGAAGGGGAGGGGUCUGCUUCCCACUGUGACUGGGCUAUGGGAUCCUUGACCACCUUGCUUCAUGAUUUGAUACAUUUGUUGUAUUCAAAAACUUGAACUGUAGGAUGCCAUUAAGAGUCUGUUUAUAUUUUUGGAAUAUUUGUAUUACAAUUGUUUUAAUAAAGGCCGGUUUAAAAACCUA